AUGUCGCCUCCACUGCAGGAGUUCUCCAGCGUCUUUCUUCUGGCCGGUGACAGGCUGCUGGAGCAGGUCCCGGACCAAAAUUUAGAAUCAAGGCGUAAGAGGCCUCAUCGCAAGUCGCGCAAUGGGUACCUCCCUUGUAAGAGGAGAAGAGUCAAAUGCGAUGAAAGAUUUCCGUCUUGCUCGCGCUGCGUCAAGAGAGGCGAAAAAUGCUGGCGUCCGGCUCGCUGUCAGAGCGUCUCACCAACUCCUUCGACGUCAUCGUCAUCAUCUGUACCAGCUUCCAUGACACCGCAGAUUCUGGGAAGCGUUUCCACAAAAGUGAAUCUAUUACACAUGAAACUUUUCCACCAUUUCGAAUCAUUUACCUAUCAAACUCUUUCCUUUACUCGCCAAAUAUGGAACGAAGCCCUGAAGUUCUCUUUUGAAUACGAAUUCCUCAUGCACGCCAUACUGUGUAUCUCGGCCCGACAUCUAGCUUAUCUUUCCCCCAUGGAAGCGAGCUACACGACUAUCGCAAGGACCCAUCUCUCAGAGGCUCUGCGUCUGUUUCGGGAAGCAUUGUCCCAGCCGCUUACCGACGCAAACCUCGACGCGAUCCUCUGCACUUCUGCUUUAUUACACUAUGAGGCUUGGGCCAGUACAGAUUUUCUCUCAGCAGAAAAUCCCGACGUUGCGGCCGGCUAUGACGCCUCGAAGGACCAACUCUUCGCCUUGAGAGCCGGCAUGGUGCACAUCUUUAUAUCUGCCAUGUCACUUAUACCUCACAAAACUUCCAUCUUCCUGGCACAGAUGACCUAUAGGCCUACUUCUCCGAUUCAGGACGCGAUCUUUGCUCUCCGCCGAGAUCCGUCGCCUUAUGAAGCUUUUCUAAAUGAGUGCUAUGAUAAUCCGGAGCGGCUGAAGCAGAGAGCUACCGCCACUGCCCGACACGCCGAAGCUCUCUCAUCGCUAUAUUGCUCUGAAUUACGUGGCACCCAAAUAUCACACUACGGAUGA